GCAACCGCAGCUCCGUAUAUCCCAACCCAACCCCAGCAAAAGCAGUCCGCGACUUGCGAGCAGAGUACACGACGCGACCGCGAGCCAAACCCUACCGCGAACACGUCGGUGAUGAGCUCCUCCAACGGCAACGGCGGGAAGAAGCCGGCACCGUCCGGCGGGCGCGGGGGCAUCCGCACCCUCGCCGACAUCAACCGCGGCCCCUCCGGGUUCCCAGGCGCAGGCGGCAGCGGCAGCGGCAGCGACUCCGAUGAGCCCCAGGAGUACUACACCGGCGGCGAGAAGAGUGGGAUGCUUGUUCAAGAUCCAACAAGGAGAAAUAAUGUGGACUCAAUCUUUGAGCAAGCUAGAGUGAUGGGUGCUCAGCAAGUUCCACUGCCUUCUUUUGAAGGCCAAUCUUCCAGCUCAACCAGCUUUGCAGGAACAGGUCGUCUGCUUUCAGGGGAUGCGCAGACAGCACCAGCUGCUCCUCAACCACCGCAGGAUGUUCUUCACAAUAUACAUUUCUGGAACAAUGGUUUCACAGUAGAUGAUGGUCCACUAAGAGCCUAUGAGGACCCUGCAAAUGCAGACUUCAUCGAGAGCAUCAAGAAGUCCCAGUGCCCCCAAGAGCUGGAGCCUGCUGAUCGAAGGACAGCUGUCCAUGUCAAUGUUAUAAAACGACAUGGAGAUUAUGAGGAACCUGCAAGGCCUCGAUCAGCUUUCCAGGGUGUUGGUAGAACCCUUGGUGGGUCUUCAGCAGAUGAGAGUCCUGCACCAGCUCCUGUGACACAAGAGCCCCGCGGUGCUCCCAGGUCAAUUGGCAUAGUUGUGGAUGACUCGCAGCCCUUUACAUCCAUACAGCUAAGGUUGGCGGACGGCACUCGCAUGGUCGCUCGGUUUAACCUUAACCACACCGUGGGCGACAUCAGGUCUUUCAUUGAUGCAUCCCGCCCAGGAGCUGCGCGGCCGUAUCAGUUGCAGACUGGCUUCCCACCCAAGCAGCUGACUGACCCUACGCAGACUGUUGACCAAGCUGGACUCAAGAACUCCGUUAUCAUGCAGAAGAUGUAGUUCUCACCGAGCUGGAUCUGUCGCACAGAAUGUCUUUCCGAUGCAAUUAUUAAAUUAGUGCUGCUGAAUGGUUUAUCAUGUCCACUAGAUACUGCACUUUGCAUGCAACCUGUGAUGUACUGGUUGUUUUGUCGAUAAACGUCAGUGGAGUCUAUAUUCGUCUUGCUACCAAUUAUGAAUGUCUAUCAAAGUUAAUGAAUGUCCGGUUGUCUAUCA